AUGAAAAGUAAAGCUGAAGUUAGAAGAAAUAUUAAUAUGGGUGGUGCUUAUGUUAAUGGUGAAAAGAUAACUAUAGAAGAAGCUUAAAACUUAUCUUAAUUAAUUAAAGACAAAGCUUUUUUAAAUAAAUAUUUAGUUAUUAGAUUUGAAUUCAAUUAAUUUUUAUAUGAAGUUACAAAUGCAACUCCUAUUGAAUAACUUAUUGAGUAAUUAGUAGAAAUUAAUAACUUAAGAAUAAUUAUAGAUAGAUUAGCAGUAAGUAUUGAAGAUUUAGCUACUCAUGGAGUAAUGAAACCUGAGGAACUUAGAGGAUUAUCAGAACCCGAAGUUAUAAAAUAAACUAUGGAGACGCUUUCAAAUGAUAAAAAGAAAUAUUGUGAACCUCCUGUCCCUAAAAACGGAGAAAGAUAUAAUUAAGAUCCUUCUGCAUAUAGAUAUGGUUUAAUUUUAAAUGAGUAAGUAACUAAUAUGAUGAUUGAAUAGGUUGUAUAAGCAAAAUAAGCUAUAUCUAAAGAAAAUGUUGCACUUAAAAAAAACCUUGUAGCUUCGUAAUUAAAAUAAUAAAUUGAUUUAUUAAGAGGUGCAGUAAUGAUUGCUUAUCCUGGAUACUAUGGCUUACCAGAAUGGGAACCAGCUAAACUUAUUUUAGAAAACUAAUUUUAAUUUGAAGGAAGAGAAUUUGAUGUUGGUGAUUACUUAGAAGCAAAAAAUACGUCUUUGUGGUGGGCUGGAAAAGAACUUUUAAGAAGUAAAUUAUUAAGAGAUUAUACAGGAAAAAAUGAAAAAACCAAAAUCAUUGCUAAGUUAACUAAAACUGGAUCUAGUGCACCAGCAAGAGAACCUAUGAUAGAUUAAGAAACACAUAAAAAAAUGUUAUCUUAUUAUUACAAAAAACAAGAAGAAAAUAAAAAGAAGAUGAUGAGGAUUAAUACAUGA